AUGCAGGCAGCCUUCUCAGCCGGGGGACUGACCACUGCAUGUCCACUGCAGAAGCAGGAAGGAAGAAGUCAUUGGGGAAGAAGGUGCAACUGUGGUCUGAAAACCGACACCACUGAAAAAGAUGUCCCAGCUCUCCUACGGAUUGGCUUGGAAAUGGACAUUGAAGAAGCCUUACACCUGGCUGAGGCACAAGAGAAACCAUCCACAAGUGGAACUGAUGAACUGCUUUCACAGUUUGAGGUACACAAUCUUGGCAAAGCUCAGCCCUCAGCCAAAAUCCAGGAAAGCAAAGCUCAGCAGUUAACAAAAAUACAAGAAAGCAAGGCUAAGCAGCCAGGCAAAAUCCAAGAAAGCAAAGCUGAGAAGUUAACCAAAAGCCUAGAAAUUAAAGCUCUACGCUUAGCCAAAAUCCAAGAACUCAAAGCCCAGCGCUUAGCCAAAAUCCAAAAAAGCAAAGCUCAGCAGCCAGACAAAAUCCAAGAAAGCAAAACCCAGCCCUUAGCCAAAAUCCAGGACAGAGAAGCUAAGCAGCCGGUCAAAAUCCAAGAAAGCAAAACUCAACAGUUAACCAAAAUCCAAGAAAGCAAAGGUCAGCAGUUAACCAAAAGCCCAGAAACCAAAGCUCAGCAGUUAACUAAAAUCCAAGAAAGCAAAGCUCGGCAGUUAACCAAAAUACUAGAAAUCAAAAUUCAUCCCUUAACCAAAAUCCAAGAAAGCAAAGCUAAGCAACCAGUCAAAAUCCAGGAAAGUAAAGCUAAGCAGCCACUCAAAAUCCAGGAAAGCAAAGCUAAGCAGUCAGUCAAAAUCCAGGAAAGCAAAACUGAGAAGUUAACCAAAAUCCAGGAAAGCAAAGGUCAGCCCUUAGCCAAAAUCCAGGAAAGCAAAGCUAAACAGCCAGUCAAAAUCCAAGAAAGCAAAGCUGAGAAGUUAAUCAAAAGCCCAGAAAACAAAGCUCAGCCCUUAGCCAAAAUCCAAAAACGCGAAACUCAGCCUUUAGCUAAAAUCCAGGAAAGCAAAGGUCAGCCCUUAGCCAAAAUCCAGGAAAGCAAAGCUAAGCAGCCAGUCAAAAUCCAAGAAAGCAAAGCUGAGAAGUUAACCAAAAGCCCAGAAAUCAAAGCUCAGCCCUUAGCUAAAAUCCAAGAGAGCGAAGCUCAGCCCUUAGCCAAAAUCCAGGAAAGCAAAGCUAAACAGCCAGUCAAAAUCCAAGAAAGCAAAGCUGAGAAGUUAACCAAAAGCCCAGAAAACAAAGCUCAGCCCUUAGCCAAAAUCCAAAAACGCGAAACUCAGCCUUUAGCUAAAAUCCAAGAAAGCGAAGCUCAGCCCUUAGCUAAAAUCCAAGAGAGCGAAGCUCAGCCCUUAGCUAAAAUCCAAGAGAGCGAAGCUCAGCCCUUAGCCAAAAUCCAAGAAAGCGAAGCUCAGCCCUUAGCCAAAAUCCAAGAAAGCAAAGCUGAGAAGUUAACCAAAAGCCCAGAAAUCAAAGCUCAGCCCUUAGCCAAAAUCCAAAAACGCGAAACUCAGCCUUUAGCUAAAAUCCAAGAGAGCGAAGCUCAGCCCUUAGCCAAAAUCCAAGAAAGCGAAGCUCAGCCCUUAGCUAAAAUCCAAGAGAGCGAAGCUCAGCCCUUAGCCAAAAUUCAAGAAAGCAAAGCUGAGAAGUUAACCAAAAGCCCAGAAACCAAAGCUCAGCCCUUAGCCAAAAUCCAAGAAAGUGAAGCUCAGCCCUUAGCCAAAAUCCAGGAAAGUAAAGCUAUGCAGCCAGUCAAAAUCCAAGAAAGCAAAGCUGAGAAGCUAACCAAAAGCCUAGAAAUCAAAACUCAGCAGUUAACCAAAAUCCUAGAAAUCAAAAUUCAGCCAUUAACCAAAAUCCAAGAAAGUAAAGCUCGGCAGUUAACCAAAAUCCAAGAAAGCAAAGCUAAGCAGCCAGUCAAAAUCCAAGAAAGCAAAGUUGAGCAGCCAGUCAAAAUCCAAGAACUCAAAGCUCAGCCCUUAGCCAAAAUCCAAGAAAGCAAAGUUAAACAGCCAGUCAAAAUCCAAGAAAGCAAAACUCAGCAGUUAACCAAAAGCACAGAACUCAAAGCUCAGCGCUUAGCCAAAAUCCUAGAACUCAAAGCUCAGCGCUUAGCCAAAAUCCAAGGAAGCAAAGGUCAGUGCUUAACCCAAAGUCAAGAAAAGAAGGCUAAGCAGCCAGUCAAAAGCCCAGAAAUCCAAGCUCAGAGCAUCGGCAAAAUCCAAGAACUCAAAGCUCAUCAGUUCAUCAAAAUCCAAGAACUCAAAGCUCAGCCCUUAGCCAAAAUCCAAGAGAGCAAACCUAAACAGCCAGUCAAAAUCCAAGAAAGCAAAGCUGAGAAGUUAACCAAAAGCCCAGAACUCAAAGCUCAGCGCUUAGCCAAAAUCCAAGAAAGCAAAGCUGAGAAGUUAACCAAAAGCCCAGAAAUCAAAGCUCAGCGCUUAGCCAAAAUCCAAGAAAGCAAAACUCAACAGUUAACCAAAAGCCCAGAACUCAAAGCUCAGCGCUUAGCCAAAAUCCUAGAAAUCAAAGCUCAGCGCUUAGCUAAAAUCCAAGAAAGCAAAGAUCAGUGCUUAACCCAGAGUCAAGAAGAGAAGGCUAAACAGCCAGUCAAAAGCCCAGAAAUCCAACCCCAGAGCAUAGGCAAAAUCCAAGAACUCAAAGCUCAUCAGUUAGCCCCAAACCAGAAAAAUAAGGCUAAACAAUUAGCCCAAAGCCACAAAAACAAAGCUGAGCAGUUAAACAAAACCCAAGAAAACAAAGCUCAGCAAUCAACCAAAAUCCAAGGAAUUAAAGCUCAGCAGUUGACCAAAAGCCAAGAACUCAAAACUCAGCAGUCAGCCGAAAACCAAGAAAAGGAAGAAAGGCAGGAUGAAAUGGAACAGAACAAAGAGGCUGAGGCAAAACCGGCCCCCACUGAAGAAGUGGAAAAGGUUGAAUUGGACCAGGCAACCAUCAAUGUUUGUAAAAAGCUGAUGAGGCCUGUUAAAAAGUGGAUGAAGCUGCUGGAUAAACCAGAAAAAGGACUGACAGACCAAGAGCUCAUCGAGCAAACCCGGACUUGUCUACUAAACAUAGGAGACCACAUCACGAAUUGUUUAAAAAUCCACAGGGAACCAGACGUUCUUGACAUAUGGAGAACGAAUCUCUGGGUAUUCGUUGCCAACUUUAUCGAAUUUAACGCCAAGAAAUUACACAAAUUAUACAAGACAGCUAGCAAAAAGCGAUCCCGGGAGCAGAAGGAACAGAAGAAGAUGGAAGAGGAAAAGAGAGGCAAGCGGCUUCGUUCAGAGACUCCGGGACCCAGUCAAGAUAUUCCAAAUCCUCCUGUCCCCCGUUGUCCUCAAAAUCUGCAGCAGCCACCUUCCCACCCUACACAAAGUCACGGACAUCCACGAGACAAAUACAACCCGCAGAAUAGAAGGCGUUUCAGCCACCCAGGACAAAAUGAAUGGCAGAGGGGCCCCCAAUUUAAUUACAGUUGGAAUGCCUAUCCAAAUUGGGCCAGAAACCGGUACCACCCUUAUGAGCAGCGCUGGCACAGUUAUCAUCGGUACACAGAUCGCCAGGCACAAAGAGAACAAUAUCGGAGCUCGGGAAACUAUCAGCCGAGCAACGUCUCCCGGAAACGCCACUAUGACGAGUAUAACAGUGAGCACAAUUACCGCGGACACCCGGACUACAGGUCCUAUUAUGAGGCUAAAAGACGAAGAGUAGAUGAAUUCCGGCCCCAGAACUACCAAGAUGAUUAUCGGAGGAUGUCUGAUUAUAGACCUGCUUUGGGUUAUCAUGGGCAAGGGCCAUCAAAUUACUACAGGCCUUUCCAGCCAGACAAAUCGGCUGAGUACAGGCAACUCCUUCCCCCUCCUCACUCCCAGGUCCCUGACCCUCACCCUUCAACUUCUCAAAGAUCUCCGCUUGGUGGCCAGUCUUCCAUUCAGCAUCGCUCACUUCUGGAUAGGCCUUUAGAGCAGAAGAACAAUCCAGAGUAUAAGUGGAGUGGCUGGAAAAAUUAAGAAGCAGAACGGAAAGAGCUAAUCUGACAAAAGGAAACACCAGUUACAGGGCUAUCUAUGCUGAGACUUUGCUGAGACUUUGAAGUGAUUCAGAAGAAUUAGAUCCAUCAAGGGGCUUGGAUUUUAGCCCCAAAUUUGGUGCAUAUAGUCAUGUAAAUAUGUUGUUUAUAAAACAUGAUUGAUUUUUUUCUAUGGUUAAGCUCUUGUUGUACAU